AUAUGGCUGCGCCCAGGUGAUCGGACGAGGUUUUCUUGUUUUCUCGCCGAUUUUGACACAUAUAAACUUUAUAGCAAACGUUUAUCCAUAUAAUAUUCAAGACUAGAACGAUGGGGACAUUGUGCCGGCCCAGGAAUGUUUUACAGAUGAUAUACAGGAUACGGUGUCGCCAAGGACGGUUUGGUCAGGCGGAAGGGGGAGGGGCGGGAGUUUUGAAGCAGUGUAUCUCAGGACGGAGUUAUGGCACAACGGCACAGCCGGGAACUAGGACUUACCUCACAUCGGGGCUGAUGCGGAAUAAAACUCAUGAACGGAGGACUGCUGUUCGGUUGAUGCACGCCGUGAGACAGGGCGAAACUCUCAUGAAUGUUUUCGACAGAAAAACCAAACGGAAACAGAAGAACUGGGCGGCCAGCCGACCGGAUCACCAAGACUUCGACUAUUUGAGGGACGAGGUUGCCUAUAGAAUUGCUGACAGAGUGUGUGACGUGAGUAGAAAAUUCCCUGUUGCCCUUGACCUUGGCUGUGGAAAAGGUUACAUCAGCAAGUAUCUGAAUAAGGUGGGGUGAUUGGAAUUUUACAGAUGUUUGUGCUGAACUUAAUUUACAAGACAUGACAUCAUUUAUAACUCUCAGUCAAAAAAUCAACCUUCAGAAGUGCCAACCUUGACGUUCCAGGCAGAUGAGGAGUUUCUUCCGUGUAGAGACAAUAGUCUGGACCUGGUGGUCAGCAGUCUGAGCUUACACUGGGUCAACGACCUGCCAGGCUGUCUGCGACAGGUGUGGAGUGCCCUGAAGCCUGACGGUUGCUUUAUUGGUGUCAUGUUUGGAGGAGACACACUGUUUGAACUCAGAUGUUCCCUACAACUGGCUGAGACAGAGAGAGAAGGGGGCUUUGCUCCACAUGUCUCCCCGUUCACAGACGUACGAGACCUGGGGAACCUGUUAACUCGGGCGGGCUACACCAUGCUGACUAUGGACACGGAUGAGCUGACAGUGAACUUCCCCUCCAUGUAUGAACUCAUGGCCGACCUGCAGGGCAUGGGAGAGAGCAAUGCAUCAUGGGCCAGGAAACCCAUUCUCCAUAGAGACACCAUGCUGGCUGCUGCUGCCGUGUAUAAAGAUAUGUAUGGAAAUGAAGAUGGCACUGUUCCAGCAACCUUCCAGCUGCUCUACAUGAUUGGUUGGAAGCCCCACAAGUCACAGCCCAAACCAGCCAAGAGAGGGUCAGCAACAGCAUCCUUUGGUGACCUCAGCAGUGCCCCUUCCCAGUCAGGACAGAAUAAACCAACUUAAUUAAAACUCUCAACUGAGAGGAUUAUAGCAA